AUGAGCGUCCAUGAGGGUUCCAACAUCUCCAGCGUCGUCUACGAUCUCAAGCGCCGCAGCUCGGCGGAGCUCGGCUCGGAUACGUCGGCCCGGCUGCUCAGCACCGGCCAUGACUCGAUACUCGAAUGGAUCCGCGCCCAGCGCAUGAGCCAGCUGCCCCCGAGGGAAGCAACUACGACAAGCUACCUGGCUGCUCAGCUUGCCUACGGCUAUUGUGCUCUCCUUCUUGAGCUGGGGAAAGAGAAUGCGCCGGCCCUGAUGAUCUCCUUUGGCCUCUUCUACAACAUGUCGGGAUCCCUCGUCAACAUCCUGGAGCGCACCGAGAUGUUCGCCCUGUCCCAGGACAUCAAGGAGCAGCUCGUCCUAUGCCUGUCCGACCUGGUGACUCUGGUCGCUAGUGUCUCCACCCACUUCCACAAGGCAAUCAGCGGCUUGAUGAGCUCCUCCAUAUCGAUCAACAUCUACAACAUUUUCCCCACCCAGAUCAAGGCUUUCAUCGACCGCUGCAACAAGACUGCUGAAUCCAUGUGGAGGCACCAACUCAUCAAGGAGGGUUGGAUGCCAACAAAGGCCAUCAAGUCCUGGGUGGCGCCAGAGGACCAGGUGCUCCGGAACCUCGUCAGCUCCACUUCCCACGUCGCUCACGACCGCGAGGAGCUCACCUGCCUCUGGAUGGCCCCGUACCUGACACGCUUCUUCAAGAGUGACAAGAAGACCCUGUCCAUUAGCGGCAAGCAGGGAUGCGGCAAGACCGUUUUGGCCUCCGUCGUUGUCGACUAUCUUCAGCACCCUAUUGGUGGCGUCACGUACAGCACCAUUUUCGUUCCCAUCAACAGCCGAGUCCCGACUGAAACCUCGUCCCACGCCAUCGCCAAGGCCAUCCUCACCCAGCUCCUCGACAAGCGCAUCGGCAACGUGGAACUCCUCCAAGUCCUGACCGCCGCCAUGCAGCGCAGCCACAAGGCCCGUACCAUGAAACAGUACGAGGACAUCGUCUGGACCGCGCUCGCCGACGCUCUCGCCUCGCAGCUGCCCGGCGCCAAGGAGCUCGUCAUCGUCGUCGACGGCAUGGACGAGGCAUUGGGCGGCGAGCAGGCCCUCCUCAGCCGCUUGAACGCGGCCGUCAAGAACGUGGAUAACCUGCGCGUCAUCACCCUCGGCUCCGACAAGGCUACACCGUCCCAGGCUCUGAGCAGCAUCGCCAUUAACGACGACCUCAUCUUUGACGACAUCGUCGCGGUGGUGCGGGGCCAGUUUGACGGCUGCAAGGUGUUCUCCUCCAUGUCCGAGCUCGAGCAGGAGACCGCCGUCACCCGCAUUGCCACGGCGUCCAACGGAUCGUUCCUCUGGGCUAAGCUUGCCUCGAAGCGCAUCCGCCAGGAGACCACCGUCGAAGCCCUCCGUAAAGGCGUCGACUCCAUGGUCGACUCCAAGCCGGCCAUCAAGGACUUGACCAGGCUGUUCUUGCAGAACCCCGACGUCAAGGCCCCUGCCAAGCACUUGCUUCUCUGGCUGGCUACCGCUGAACGACCCCUCUCCAUCCGCGAGCUGACCGCCCUGUCCGUCGUCCAGCUCGAGAAGCAGUCGGUGCUUGAUCCCGCCGACCCGGAUCUCCUCGGCACCCUCAAGCCCGUCAACUCUCUCGUCUUCCUGCAGGACGGCCUCGCCUACCUCCGCCACGGGCUCAUCCGCACCGCCCUCAUCGAGCUCUUUUCCAAGGGAAAGCUCACAUCCGGAAUCAAGGACCGGCACGAAGACCUCGCCGUGCGCUUGCUCCUGUACACCAAGAGCAGCGUCACCGAGCAGCACGAGAUCUCGCUGAGCGCCAUGACCAGCCACGACUCGAACCAGCUCAUCUCCAAGUACCCGCUGCUCGAUUUCGCCGCGCGCCACUGGCCUACCCAUGCGCGCAGCAUCGAUAGCUACAGCAAGGACGGCAACUUGGCCGCGAACCUCUGGCAGAGGAAGCCCGCGCCCGUGUACCUGGCCAAUCUCACCAUGAUGACCGAUGUGUACCGCCAGCUGCUCACCCCCAAGCACCUGGUCACGUUGCAGUCGGUGAUCCUGCUAGCCACCGCGUACCAGCGUGUCGAACUCACCGACAAGGCUAUUCCCCUCCUCUACGACGCCACCAUCAGCGCCAAGAACGUCCUCGGUAUUCGUGACACCGUCACGAUGCAAAUCUCCAGCCUCUUCGUCCAGAUGACCUCCUCUUCCGAGAGCCGCCAGUUCGACGUCAGCAAGCGGGAGGAAAUCCUGCUCAUCCUCGUCGAGUGCUACAAGAUCCAGUACGGCAAGACCUCGGAGAACGUCAUCUCCACCCUGCGCAUCCUCGUGGAGCACUACCGCGCCACCGGCCAAGAGCAAAAGGCCCAGCAGCUCAGCACCUCCAUCGAGAAACCCGCGGCCGAGAAUGGCGUGAGCCUCCUCCUCGACGUCGAGGAGCACGACGAGCUCCUGGAGGGUGUGCGCUCGUACGACUUUGAAUUCUCCCUCACGCAGGCGGAAAAGUACGCGACCGAGGGCCGCAACGAGAUGGCGGAGCACAUCUUCAUCGAGGUCUGGCAGCGUGCUAGCCGCGAGUACCGCGUGCACCACUCCGACGUAUGGGAGGAGAGGAAGCUCAAGGCCGUGCUUGCCUACAGCAGGUUCCUCGCGAGGCAGAAGCGCGACGUGGACGUCUCCGCUAUCUUGUCGAGCGUCUGGCAGGACUACAAGUCGAGGAACGCCAUGGCCAUGACGGAGACCUCGGCCACCCUCUUCCACCAGAUGGCUACCGUGAUGAAGGAGGCCGGCCUAUGCUCCGAGUCCCUGUCGGUUCUCAAGCACUGCGCGAGCUACUUCCAAAGCACCAACCGCACCCAGAGUUCCUCGUACAAGGAGAUCGAGCAAACCAUCAAGACCAGCUCCCGCGAGAUCAUGGAGAUGAUGAGCGCCUCCGACAAGACCCGCGGAAACAUCGACCAGACCACCAUCAAUGCCGUCUUCACCCUCGCUGGUCUAUACACCAGCCAGCACCGCUGGCACGACGCAACCCGCCUGAUCAAGCGCGUGCUUCGCUCCAUCUGGCCUUCGCUCUUCGCGUCCAGCGUGCAGGACGUCUCCGCCCCUUCCAAGCACGUCGACAGCUGCAUCGACCUAGCCCAGCGCCUCGCUUCCUGCUACCACACGCGUCGCCGGCUCACAAAGGAGGGCGAUUUGCGCCUGCGCAUCUACCGCGCGCUGCGAUCCAGCCGCAAGGUAGACGACCAGGUCCGCGAGCGCGCCACCAACCAGCUCAUCAGCUUCCUAGACAGCCAGUCGAACACGGAAAAGAUCAUCAAGAUCCGCCAGGAGAUGCUCGAGGACUUUAGCGCGCACUACGGGCCCGAGCACCCCAGCGUCAUCAAGAUGCUCUGGCAACUCGCCGAGCUGACCAAGCCCCGCCCCGUGCACGUGGAGUACUACCAAAAGAUCAUCCGCGCCGUCAACAAGAACUCGACCACCGUCAAGCAGGAAGCCUUUGAGCCCGUCACCAUUGUCGCCGGCGAGCUCUGGAACAAGGGCCUCUUCGACGACGCGCUCGGAUACUACAAGAUGCUGUUCGAAACCUUCCUCAAGGACCCCAAGGUCAGCCCCAAGUUCCAGGACCAGUCCUUUACGCGCGAGGUGUUCAACCGCUACGUCCACUGCGUCCGCAACUCUGGUAGCGGCUUUUCCGUGAUUCACAAGAUCACCACCGAAUACCGUAACCAAUGCAAGACUGUGAAUCCGAGCGCCACGAAGUCGAGGCCAUCUCUCUACGAGGAGCUCCUCAAGAUCGACUCGGCCGAGGUCAACCGCAAGGACAUCUCGGCCACGCUCGACUCCAUCUACGAGGAGCAGGUCGACUUGGCCACCUCGAACAAGUCGCAGACUGUGUCUUCCUCGCAGCUCGAGCGAGCUGUUACCGUGCUCCAGCAACGCACCGUCACUAUCCGCAAGACGCACGGAUGGGCGCACGAGGAGUCGCUGUCCAAGAUGACGGAACUUGCCACGCUGCGCAAGCAGCAGAACCAAGUCGAACUCCUCACCAAGGAGCUCAAGGAGGCGACGGUACAAGUUCUCAACCACGAGACCUCUUCGUCGCGCCUCAUCGCCGCGGCUUCGUCCAUCGCCUCUAGCUACAUCUCGGCCGACCAGACUCAGAAAGCGGCCGAGCUACUGCAAGAGCUGUACCGCCAAAUCAUCAUGAAGGAUACCACCAACGCCGAGGUCGACAAGUUCGACCUCUCCUCGCGUGGUCGCGACAGCCUCGUGUUCCUCGCACAGCUCGAGUAUAGCCUGCGCCGCAACUCUGCAACAAUGACUGAGAUUCUGGCCACGUUGACCACGCAGUACGUCUACUUCGCCGAGCUCCGCGCCCUGCACAAGAGCAAGUCGAGCUCUUUCCAUCAGGUCACCGUCGCCACCGCCCGCCUCUACCACUGCCUGCUCAACAGCGAGCGCCUCUCCGCCGCCGCCCGCGUAUUUGGCGACUUCGCGCACUACUUCGGCCAGACGCAAGGCAAGCGCGUCCAUAUCCAAAAGGCGGAGCAGGUCAACAUUUUCCUCCAAACCCUUCUUCAGCACUUCAGCACGCACAGGUCACACAACUUUGUCCGGUCCGUGGGUAUUGCCGGAAACGAUGGAGUUGUCCAUCUUCUCCGUGCCCAGCGUUACGACACGGCGUGUGACCUGGCCCUCGCGACCUUUUCCUACAUUUCCGCCUCUGAUGAGUACCGCACACCCGUCAUCGCCAAGCUCGUCCUCACCCUGGGCAUGUCCAUUGCUGGCCGCGACCUCGAGCCCCAGCCCACCGGCGCGUGCCGCAAGAACAUGCUUGAAGCAUCGAGCACCAUUGUUCGCGACGUGCUCCACGUGCUGAGCGACCUCAAGGUCAGCAUCGAGCACAUCAGCCUCAACCAUCUAAACAAGAUGAUUGGCUUGCUCGGCGAGCAGCGCGACUACCGCACGCUCUCCUGGUUACUCACCAUCCUCUGGCACAGCCGCCAGGCCCAGAGCAACUGGAACCCGUCCAUCACGCUUUUGCUUGGCCAGCGGUACAUUCUCGCCCGCUAUCUCGUCGGCGAUUCCACCGCCGCGCUCCGUCUCGCGGAAGACAUCGUCUACAAUUGCCGUCGCGUGCACGGCACACGCCAUCCCGCGACGCUCCAGAUGUCCUCAUUCUUGACCCAACUGUACUCUAGCAUCGCCCAGCGCUACCAGAGCCAGAAGGCGGGCGGUCAGGAUAUGGCCAACCGCUACUACAAGAAGAGCGCGGCCGUGCACGAGAACAUUCUGCGCGUCUUCACCGAUCCGUCAUACGCCGAGAUGGAGGCGGGGCUUGAUGGCAGCAUUAGCCCCGACAGCGGCUCAAACUACGGCUUAGAUGCGGUAACUGACCUCCCCUCGCAGAGCAACCUCUCUGACGGACAGUACGCGCGCCAGCAUCUCCGUCUCCUUAAGCUUGCCAUCGAGCGUCUCGGAUCCUGGCCCAAGGAGUACCAGGAAUACGAACGCCUCAACGCCGAUAUCUUUAGGGAAUUCCCCAACGAACUCAAGGGAGUUGAGGGUGUUGAGAAGUGGAAUCUCAGCUCGUACGGCCACGGUAAGGCGGAGGCCGGAGACGAUCUCUUGGACCCCAACUUUGCUGAAUGGGAGUUGACGACUCAAGAAGACGGGUACAUGGAGGAUGAGUUGUAA